AUGCAGAAACACCAGAACCCUCAACCAGCUACCUCCGCUCCUAUCAUUGUCCCGCAAAAUGAGACAAAGGUCAUGUUGCAGCAGCUGCUCCAAGGACAACAGCUCCAAGGGAAAGCUCUGAACCAGGUUACUACCGAGAUCAAUACCAGAAUGAACCAUAUAGUCAGAGAUUUGAGCACCAAGUACGAUAAUGUCGCGAGCCAUAUGAGACAGAUGGACAUUCAGAUAGCUCAGACUGCUGAGAGCGUCAAGAGGCAGCAAGGUACUCAACCUGGUAAAACAUACAAAAAUCCUACGGAGUGCAAUGCAGUUCAACUGAGGAGUGGAAAACAACUUUCCGAGCCGGAGAAGAGGAGGUUCACCACGGCUGAGAAAGGGAAGCAGAAAGAGUCGGAACAACUACCAGCUGAUACCCCGGCAGUUGAGAGGAAUACGGAACCAGCAGUUGGAACAAGUUCGCCAGGGCCAGAACAACCAGCUGAAGCUGUUCGCCCGAUCCCAGAGGUUGUUCCUCCUCGCGAAUACAUUCCUAAAGUCCCUUACCCUGUUCCAGCAAAGGCCACUCGUAAGGACAGAGAGGAGAUGAAGUGCAGGAAGAUGUUGGAGGACCUAACCGUCCGACUCCCCUUGAUGGAUGCGAUCCAUAUGAUGCCCUCCAUGCGCAGCUUUAUGAAGGGAUUGAUCUCAGGAAAAAUAUCAAAGGAGAGCGAAUUCAUGACAGUUUCCAAGGAGUGCAGCGCAGUGCUUCAGAACAGGCAGAUAAAGAAGCGAGGAGACCCCGGCAAGUUCGUCCUCUCUAUCCAGAUUGGGAAGACAGUUUUUGCAUGCUCCUUGGUUGAUCUUGGAUCCAGCGUGAACCUCAUGCCUUACUCUGUAGCACGACGUCUAGGAUACACGCAUUUCAAACCAACUAAGAUGUCCUUAGUGUUCGCGGAUAGAUCAGUCAAAUCCCCAGUUGGUAUACUAGAGGAUCUCCAAGUAAAAGUCGGAAACACCUCUGUUCCAGCAGACUUCGUUGUUCAGGAGCUGGAAGAAGAGUCUAAGGAUCCUCUCUUCUUAGGAAGACCAUUCCUAUGUACUGUUGGAGCCAUCAUUGAUGUGCAACAAGGGAAGAUUGAUCUGAAUCUUGGGGACAUAGUCAUGCAAUUCGAGAUGGAUGAACUACUAAAAAAGCCGAUGUUAGAUGGGCAGACCUUUGAGGUUGAUGAAGGGAUUGACCCGCUGCAAUCUCGUGAAGGAAUGAUCGAGGAGAUUCUUAUAGAAGACCCACUUGAGCUUGCACUAGUAAGAGCUGAGGCCGAGCAGAGUGUCGUAAACAUUGAUGCAGACGGGUAUGCCAAGAUGCUUGAUUCCGCAAGGAGUAUGGGAAGAAUGGUAGCGAGUCUAAGUCUGGAGGAGGCAAGCAACAGGGACGAGAACACUCCAGCUGGAGUGACCCCUACACCGAACUUGCCUGUUCUGCCGGACCAACCAGAUGAUCUCUGGAGCGAGCUUAAAGCUCCCAAGGUUGAGCUAAAACCCUUUCCCAAGGGGCUCAGGUACGCUUUCUUAGGUUCGAAUUCCACCUAUCCUGUCAUUGUGAAUGCUGAACUAAAUAAUGUGGAAACUGCAUUGCUUUUGUGUGAGCUCAGGAAAUAUCGUAAGAAGAGGUUAAACCCGAAUCUAAAAGAUGUUGUUAAGAAAGAGAUUAUGAAACUUCUUGAAGCGGGUGUGAUCUAUGCCAUAUCUGAUAGUAAAUGGGUUAGCCCUGUUCAUGUAGUACCUAAGAAAGGUUUCCUUCAGAUCCAUAUCCAUCCAGACGAUCAGGAAAAGACGACGUUCACCUGCCCCUAUGGAACGUACGCUUACAGGAGAAUGCCAUUCGGCUUGUGCAAUGCGCCAGCGACAUUUCAGCGCUGCGUGAUAUCAAUCUUUACUGACCUGAUUGAAGACAUUAUGGAGGUUUUCAUGGACGAUUUCAGCGUCUAUGGAAGCUCCUUUAGUGUCUGUUUGUCUAACUUGUGCAGGGUACUAAAAAGGUGUGAGGAGAAACAUCUAGUGCUCAAUUGGGAAAAGUGCCACUUCAUGGUCAGGGAUGGGAUUGUUCUGGGGCACAAGAUCUCCGAGAAAGGCAUUGAGGUGGAUAAGGCAAAGAUCGAGGUAAUGAUGAGCUUGCAACCACCAACAACUGUGAAAGCUAUCAGGAGUUUCUUGGGUCACGCGGGGUUUUACAGAAGGUUCAUCCAGGACUUCUCAAGGAUACCGAGACCACUCACCAGACUGCUCUGCAAGGAGAUCAAGUUUGAUUUCGACAGUGAGUGCUUAGGUGCGUUCCAUACCAUCAAAGAAGCUCUAGUUAGCGCGCAUGUAGUACAACCGCUAGACUGGGAUCUCCCUUUUGAAAUCAUGACUGAUGCCAGCGAUUUUGCAGUUGGAGCAGUCCUUGGGCAGCGCAAAGAUAAGAAACUUCAUGUAAUCUAUUACGCAAGCAAAACCAUGGAUGAAGUUCAAUGCAGAUACGCUACAACUGAGAAGGAACUUCUGGCUAUUGUUUUGGCAUUCAAGAAGUUCAGAUCCUACCUGGUGGGAUCUAAGGUGAUUGUGCACACCGACCAUGCUGCUCUUAAGUACCUGCUCACAAAGAAAAAUGCAAAACCGAGGUUGUUGAGGUGGAUUCUUCUUCUCCAAGAAUUCGAUCUUGAGAUAAAAGAUAAGAGAGGGGUCGAGAAUGGGGUUGCAGACCAUUUGUCCAGAAUGAAGAUUGAGGACGACACAACUCUUGAUGAAGAACACCCAGUGGAACACGUCAACGCGAUUGGUCUGCAUUUCGCGGAACAACCUCUGGGAAUGAUACCCGACUGUUCUCGCAUCGCGGAACAGCCAGUCGCCGCGAUCCAAAAGCAGUACUCUCACCUCCCGUGGUUUGCUGAGAUUGCGAAAUUUCUUGCUGCUGAAAAGAAACCUCUUAAGUUCACUGGAAACGACAAGAGGAAAUUUUUAAGGGAGGCAACGCGUUAUGUUUGGGAUGAACCGUACUUGUACAGACAUUGUAAGGAUGACUUGUUCAGAAGGUGUGUUCCAGAGGCAGAUAUCCCAGGAAUCCUACAUCAUUGCCAUGGUUCUUCUUACGCAGGCCACUUCGCUACAUUCAAAACGGUUUCCAAAAUCCUGCAAGCGGGUUUCUGGUGGCUAACUAUGUUCAGGGAUGUUCACGCCUACAUAGCCAGAUGCGAUGCAUGCCAGCGACUUGGGAACAUCAGCAAGAGGAAUGAGAUGCCUCAGAAUUACAUUCUAGAGGUUGAGGUGUUCGACUGUUGGGGAGUUGAUUUCAUGGGCCCAUUCCCUCCAUCCUUCAAGAACGAGUACAUCCUCAUCGCCGUUGACUAUGUAUCUAAGUGGGUAGAAGCGAUGGCGAGUCCCACUAAUGAUGCAAAAGCGGCGACUAAGAUGUUCAGCUCAAUCAUCUUUCCGAGAUUUGGACUGCCUCGAGUGGUCAUUAGCGAUGGUGGAACACACUUCAUCAACAAGGCAUUUCAGGGCCUCUUAAAGAAGAAUGGAGUAAGGCACAAGGUGGCGACCGCUUAUCAUCCACAAACGAGUGGACAGGUUGAGGUUUCCAACAGGGAGAUCAAGAGCAUUCUCCCGAAAACUGUCAACACCUCACGAAAGGACUGGUCACUUAAGCUGGACGAUGCCCUAUGGGCCUACAGAACGGCCUACAAAACGCCGCUAGGGACCACCCCCUAUCACCUGGUCUACGGUAAGGCGUGUCACCUUCCUGUCGAACUCGAAUACAAGGCUGCAUGUGCAGUCAAGUUACUGAAUUUCGACAUCAAGCCAGCAACUGAGAGGCGCAUGAUCCAAAUCCAUGAGCUGGAAGAGAUAAGGCACCUCGCAUAUGAAAGCUCCAAAAUUUAUAAGGAAAAGACCAAGGCCUACCAUGACAAGCGAAUCAUUUCCAGACGUUUCGAACCCAACGAUAAGGUCUUGCUUUUCAAUUCAAGGCUGAGGUUGUUCCCAGGCAAGCUGAAGUCUAGAUGGUCCGGACCCUUCCCUGUUAAGGAAGUUCAACCCUACGGAGCUGUUGUGUUACUGGAUAGAAAAGGAGACGAAUUCGUAGUGAACGGCCAGCGCUUAAAGCAUUACCUUGCUGGCUCCACUAUCGCAGAGGGCGAAGAAAUUCCCCUAAGCGAUCCCCCAUCAGCCUGA